CGGGAGAGCGCGCUCGGGCGGAGCGGCCGCCCUUGCAAAAAAAAAAGCCCAGUCGGCGGCGAGGAAGCUCGCUCCCUCCCUCCCUCGGUGUCGGUGAACGUGUGUCGGUCCCGGGCCGAGCGGGAAGCCCGGAGGCGGGCACCGCCCCCCACCGCCGUGCGGGAGCCAGUGCACAAUGGGUGAAGUAGUGAAAUAUGUCGAUGAUGAACAUAAAAAUGCAUUUCUGAAGACCUUGAAUGAACAACGAUUAGAGGGCGAGUUCUGUGACAUAGCCAUUGUGGUGGAAGAUGUUAAGUUCCGAGCGCACAGAUGUGUUUUGGCAGCUUGUAGCACUUAUUUCAAGAAACUGUUUAAAAAACUAGAGGUUGAUAGCUCUUCGGUGAUUGAGAUUGAUUUUUUGCGUUCAGACAUAUUUGAAGAAGUACUGAAUUAUAUGUACACUUCUAAAAUUGCUGUGAAGAGAGAAGAUGUAAACCUGAUGAUGUCUUCCGGACAAAUACUUGGAAUAAAGUUUUUAGAUAAGCUAUGUACUCAGAAGCGUGACGUGUCUCCUCAACAGAACACUCCUCGCCGCAAAAGCCGUUAUCCUUAUAGCAUAAGUGCUAAAAUCCAUCGACCCUCAGUGAAUAGUACUGACGAGGAGAUAGAAGAAAUCGGAGAUCAAAUUGAAGCCCAGUCUGAAGAGGCAAUAGAUGAAACCGUACCCAAUCAGGAUGACGGGAAGACGCAAGCAAAUGGCCUGCGGGUUCAGGAAGCCAUUUUAAAAGAACUUGGAAGUGAAGAAGUUCGUAAAGUCAGUUGCUUUGCUUCGGAAGUGGAAACCAUUGAGACGAAUGAGCCAAAGGAUGUGACUCCCCAACCUCCUCCAACUCUCACAUUCAAUGACAGCAUGAGUGGAGUCAAGGAAGAACAGCCACCAGGCUGGACAGCAAACACUGAUGUGAAAUUUGAAUAUUUGUUAUAUGGAGACAGGGAACAGUUCAGUUGUCAGACCUGUGGCAAGACGUUCACGGAUGAAGCCCGUUUGCGGAAGCAUGAGAAGUUGCAUUCUGCUGAUCGACCAUUUGUGUGUGACAUCUGCUCGAAGGCCUUCACCACGCAAGCUCACUUGAAAGAACAUCUCAAAAUUCACACGGGUUUCAAACCUUAUGGGUGUGACGUUUGUGGGAAAUCUUUCAUUCGAGCACCUGACCUAAAGAAACAUGAACGUGUCCAUAGUAAUGAAAGACCUUUUGCGUGCCACAUGUGUGACAAAGCCUUCAAACACAAGUCUCACCUGAAGGAUCAUGAGCGGAGGCACCGAGGUGAAAAGCCAUUUGUUUGUGGUUCCUGUACCAAAGCUUUUGCCAAAGCUUCAGAUCUAAAGAGGCAUGAAAACAAUAUGCACAGUGAACGCAAGCAAGUGCCUACGAGUGUGAUUACAAGUGAAACGGAGCAAUUGCAAGCUGCAGCAAUGGCUGCUGAAACAGAGCAAAACCUAGAAAGUAUAGCUUGUAGCUGAGGCUAAAUUAAUGUAAAACUGGUUUCCCCUUUCCACUUUUCUCUGUAAAGGGCUCCCAUGAAGUAUAGAUGACUGCAUUAAUAAAUGUGGCCCUCUUUAAAUUGUUCCUUUUCACAAUUAAUUGAAUUUUUUUUCUAUGUACAUAAUCUAAUAUAUAGGCUAAAUUGUUGCACUGUAUAAGGAGUUAUUUGGGGGAACAGGAAAAUUCAAAACAUUUCAAAUGUUAUAAAUGCUUUAAUCCCUGUAUAGUGCAAUAAUGUAUUUAUUGCAUACUUUAAGUGUUGUGUUGCAGUUUUAAUUUUUUUUUAAUAAAGUUACUUUUAAUGUUCUGGCUUGCGACCACAUUUGUUUUGACUUUAUUUGGUUGUAACAAAUGAACCACUAGGGUCAAAACACUUUAGGAAUAAGAUCAAAGUAUUUGUUAAACCCAUUCUUUUGAAUGGACAUCUGCCCACAGAAGCAUUGCGAAUUUAGUUGGAACAAUUUUAUGCCUGAUUUUUAACAUUCUUAACAGAAAAGAGCUAUUAUUAGUGUCUGUUUUUUGUACCACUAUUUCUUUUCAAUAAGUUCCUUUAAGGGAAGCAAAGACAAUUUUUACAUAGUCUAUAUAUCACAUGUUGGUCUUAUUUUAUACCAGCUAAUGGUACAAGUUGUAUACUUCGUGAUGUUUGUGCUGACUCCUUUGCUCUGUGUUAUUCUAUAAUGGCAAAGUAAAAUAAGUAUCAAAUAAUGUUUAGUGUUUUUAACAGAAUAUAUGAUGUAAUAAGAAAUUUGUAUGUUAAAUUGAAUAUUGAUUGUACUUGGGGAAAAAUAACAAACGAAGUUGAAAACAGCAAAUUUUCUGACUUUAAAAAAACUGCUUACCAGAUCUUUUAAAAAGGCUUUGGAAUAAAAUUUUGUGCCCUAGCAAUUUAACAUUGGAAUUAUGCUGCUCUUAAUACUUUUCCCUGCACUUGAGCAAACUCUCUUUAAUGCAGCAAUUUGAAAAUUCCUAUGGUGACUUUUUAGAUUGAUGCCUGUCUGUAAAUAUUUUUAAUUAACUGAAUAAUUGUAAAAUUUAUUGUUAAUUUAGACUUCAGAUUUAGUUGUCUUGCCCAACUCAGAGUUUAGAAGAUAUGAUUAAAAUUUUCAUACAGGUAUUUUUGAAUGAACUGUGUAACAUGCUGGUUUUAGUUUAGACCAGCUAAUGAUACAGAUCACAUUUAUCAAAGUGUUUUCACCCUAGUCUAUGCCAUGAAUUUCUGUUCAUUUGUUAAGCAUACAGACAAGUUUUGAUCGCAAUAUGCUUACUCUGAAAUUAGUUGUCACUGUUUUGAAAUGAAUAUUUUGCAACCAACUCAA